GGGAAGGGGAGUGUUGGCCAUGGCGGCUGCGAACAUCGGGAUGAUGGAUGGCGCCUACUUCGUCGGGAGGAAUGAGAUUCUUGGCUGGAUCAACACCACGCUUCAGCUCAGUCUUACCAAGAUUGAAGAGGCAUCUAGCGGGGCGAUCUAUGUCCAAUUGAUGGAUGCUACACAUCCGGGUGUUGUGCCGAUGCACAAGGUGAACUACGACGCUAAGAACGAAUAUGAAAUGAUACAGAACUACAAGGUUCUCCAGGAUGUUUUCAACAAACUCAAAAUCAGCAAGCAUAUUGAUGUGAUGAAGCUCACCAAAGGCCGACCCUUGGACAACCUUGAGUUCGUUCAGUGGCUCAAGCGUUACUGCGACUCGGUUAAUGGUGGAGCUCCAGCCCCAAGCUACAAUCCAGUUGAAAGGCGCGAAGCUUGCAGGGGAGGAAAGGAGGCUAGUAAACGAGCAUCACACGUCAACUCUGCUGCAGUUUUAAAAGCUUCCAACAAUGCCAAGCUCAGUAACUCAACUGUUUCUGCUCCUCGCUCAUCUGAAACUCCAAAUCCUCUUAAAACCAAGCAACUAAUGUCAGCAGCAGUCGUCGUCCCUCCUACUGGAUCGGCUCCACAAACGCCAGCCAGACUUUAUGCUCUUCAAGAACAGAUCACGGAGCUCAAGCUGUCAGUGGACAGUCUCGAGAAAGAGAGGGACUUCUAUUUCUCAAAGCUGCGCGAUAUCGAGAUUCUGUGUCAGACUCCAGCCAUUGAAAAUGCCCCGGCGGUGCUCGCUAUUCAAAAAAUCUUAUACGCUGCGGAAGACAGUGCAACCAUCCUUGCUGAAGCACAAGCGCUGGCCAUUGAAGCAGAGAGCGUACCACGAACGGCGUUGGACGCCAACGAGGCAGCACUAGAGACUACUCCUGAAGCGGUUUCCAGCACCCGGCGGGAGAGCCUCAAGCGCAAGUCAAUCGGAGGCCUGGAAGUAGAGAAUCCAUCUCCUCGGCAACGCAGGAAUUCAUGUGGAGGCUCAGCAGCAGCAGCAGCAGCAGCGGUGGGAAUAGCAUCUGAGGAAACCGUCCUGGGAUCCUCACCCUUGAGCGUUCAGUAGUGAAGCUUACCGGAAUGCUCGGUAUCCAGACGAUUGGAUAUCACUGGCGUCAUCCUAGAGCUUGUUCGGUAAUCUUCUUUUGUUUCUUACCGCCGUCCUAUCGGGCUCGGCGUUGAGAAAAAUGGAGCCAAAUAAAGAAGUUGCCAAGUAGAAGAUUGGCUUGCGGUCGAUCUUCGUCAUUGCAGUGAUUCGGCCUCGAGAAAACCAACGAAUCAACCCAAGUAUCACUAAAAUGAUUGUCUAGAGCCCAGAUGGAACGAACAAAUGCUCUCGCAUUCUCAGUUCACGCUCGUAACUUUGUAACUUUGUUGGCCUUGUCAAA